AUGGAUUCGUUCGUCGCCAUUGAAGGCGCUUCGCAAUCCGAGCAGAUUAUUCCAGCCCAUGAUUUUUGCAAUUUUUCUACAAUCACACAUCAUGAGCAUGAUGAGGAAUCUAUUAGUAUUGUAUGGUGGAGUAAUGUCGUAAUUCUGCCGAUAAUCGCCUUCAUUGGAUUGGCGUGCAAUUUAUUGAAUAUUGCGGUGCUGACCAGCAAUAAAGCAUCGCGAAGGAUACCCUCGUGGAAUCUUCUACUAGCAUUAGCCAUUUGCGAUUGCUUCUUUUUGCUGUUCGCCACGCUCGACGUUACACCGCUAUCAAUUCCGUCGCUCGCAUUCUCCACCGAAUUCAAUCACGUCUACUCGCAACUUGUGCUCUACAUUCGGACGUUCGCUUCGACGUUUUACAAGAGCAGCGUAUUAAUUGUGUUCGCGUUUAACGUUGAGCGAUACACGUGUGUGGUUCAUCCGCUGAAUUCGCAUCGACUUUGCACAAAUCGGAAUUCGCGACAUGCGAUUGUCGCUGCCAUUUCAAUCGCAUUCAUUUGCUCAAUUCAGUGGCCUUUGGCUUACGAUAUCAAAUAUUGCUAUGAGCACAAUUCACAAGAAUACUAUUACGUGAUUUUAAUGUCGACGAGCAAAUUCUUGCAGAUUUACUAUCGAUUUAUGGAUUACGUGUCAUUGUUUGCUUUCAACGUCCUUCCAAUCGCUGGUUUACUUUACAUGAACUCGCGAAUCAUCUUCACACUUCGUCGAGUUGUCGAUGAGGAUUCGCGUCGUGACGAGGAGGUGAAAUUAUCGGGAGUGUUGGUUCAGAAUGAAUCGCACUCGAACAAAACGAUUCACGCGAACGCCAUUCUUUUCGCUGUUGCUUUCAUGCUUCUCAUCUGUGUUGGACCACAAGCUCCCGCGCGCAUCCUUUUCGACUUAUAUGGUCAAUACCAUCCGAAGGCAAUAUUGUACACAUGCAUUACACAACAAUUGGUCUUCUUGAAUGCUUCAUUGAACUUUGCAUUGUACUGUGUCGUCUCAAAACGAUAUCGCACGUUGAUGAGACAAACGCUGAAGAAGAUUCUUCACAAAUUGGAAGGCGUCGAUCGUCCAUUCCAAAUCAGCUUGAAGCAAACGAAGAGCAGCUCGGCGCACGUCACAUCCUUAGAAGAUCAUCACGCACCGUUGACAUUGAACAUAUAA